AUGAGUAAUAAAGAAAGAAAGAGCCGCAUUGGACUUCUCUAUUCAGAAGGGCGUGCUGGAGUGCCUGAUAAUAAGGGAGGAAGCGAAUCUGUACCUUAUCUAGACCCGGAGUUGAAGGAUUUGCGUGAGAGGUUGGUGGGGAUGAUUAGAGAAAAUAGCAACAAACUUGUGGCUAUUGUUGACAAUGAGCUGAUGAAGGAUGGUGAUGGAGAAGAUGAUGGCGAGAAGGACAAGGAUGGUGAUGGAGAAGAUGAUGGCGAGAAGGACAAGGAUGGUGAUGGAGAAAAUGAAGAUUCUGAGCAUGAUAUUGAAGAGGAAGAAGGUGAAGAGGAAGAUAUUGAACAACUAUCAUUGCAAUUAUCUCCUAUCACCAUCAUUCACCCAGGUGCUGAAGGAGGAGCAUCGGAUGAAGAGGAACUACUGGACAAGGCAGAACAAGUAAGAAGAUCGAAAAGGCCGAUGAAGCCCGCCCCAAAACUACAGUCUCCCUGGGUUGUGCCUAAGGUUGUGAAGAGAACAAACCGGAAGAUGGAUGAUAAGGAAAAAGUUUUCAUCACUGUCUCCAAAAUGUGCAGUUCAGCUGAUGGUGACAAGAGGUUGGUUGAGUUGUAUGACUUCCAUGUAACUCGUGAUGAUCUAAGGUCAUUGGGUGGAAUGCAUAGAGUUAGUCAUGUCAAUGGUGUGCCACAUGCUGAUGGGAGAAAUAAAAGAGGGGGUGGACAAGUUAGACGACACAUAUUUGAUGCCUACUUUAUGUCGAAACUUUGUAGUCCAGGGUGGAGUGUUGCAGUGAGCAAGAAGGAACUACAAGAGGAACAUGUUGGUUACAACAUUGGGGAUUGUGACUUGAUUUUGGGACCAGCACUUGUAGACCAACACUGGUUCUGCUUUGUGCUGGAGCCGAAGGUCAUGAACUUCUAUGUGCUGGAUUCACUGAACGUAUAUGUUAGCGGGCAGCCAAAGAAAAAGAACAAGCAAAAGGGAACAAUUGUUGACGAUAUGGAAAAGUUCCACAACAUUUGUCGGGACCGGUUUCACGAUAUUAUAGAGUUGGUUCAGCCAAAGUUGAUUGGGAAGAAGCCAAAGCCUGAUAUAAUUUAUCCUGAUGUUGCAAAACAAAACAACAUCAAGGACUGUGGAGUCUAUGUUAUGCUAUGGUUAAAAUCGUGGCAUCCACAGGCAGCGCUUAAUUAUACUCCUGAUCAAGUGGCUCAAUUUAGGCGUGAUCUAAUGUGGUGGAUGGUUAAUCAUCCUAACAAUGCAUGUCGUGAUGCUGCCUUAACACUGUUGGAGGAACAAGAAGAUAUUAGAAAAAGCAAACGACAGCGAUCAACUCAAUAG